AUGAGCGCCCUCGUCGAGGCCAACGACGACAACGUGUCGCUGGACGUGCACCACCUCGCGUCGACGAUCAGCGUGCCCUACGAGGACCCCGGUGACCUCACGGCGCGGGCGGCGAGCGCGACGCAGGCGCUCAUCGGGUCGCUCUUCGAGCUGCCGGCGACGCGGAGCUCCGUGGGCCCCAUCGCGAAGCUGCCGCCCGCGACGACGGCGCUGCCGCGCGAGAAGCCCUGCCCGGAGAAGAAGGCCGAGACCAAGUGGGACAAGUUCGCCAAGGAGAAGGGCAUCCAGAAGAAGAAGAAGGGCCGCAUGGAGUGGGACGACGAGCGCGACAAGUGGGCGCCGACCUGGGGCUACGACCGCGCGGGGUCGGCGCUGGACGACGCGCCCAUCGUCGAG